UUGCCUGGCGUUCUUCUGUCCUAUUAUCAAAAAUUGCGUAACUCCUCGCGCGGUUUCUAGAACGGGUCCACUUUCAUGAUAGUGAUUAAAAUUUAAUUGAGCAGGUCGGUGUAGUUCAGUAUGGCUGAUAAUGUAGAAAUGAAUGUACAUAAAAAUACAUCAGACUUCAAACGUCCAAUAAAACCGUACAAGGUGGCAUUUGCUGGAGUUUAUAGCGUUGGAAAGACCAGUUUAUUUCGCAGGAUUAACGGCCAAUAUUUUACCGAAGAGAAGCCACCAUCUCAGGAAAAUUCGACUUAUGAUCUUAUUUUUCCUGAGGAAAAUGUGGUUAUUCCGCUCAAAUUUUGGGACACUCAGGACAUGGAAAGACACGAUAGUGUCACACAGUCUUACUACAGAGGAAGUGUAUUCAUCUUGCUUGUUUACAGUGUAGAUAAUGACAGUUCAUUAGAUGACAUUCCAUCCAUCAUUGACAACAUAAAGAGAGACGAACCUACUGCUAAACUUCUCUUAUUGAAAAAUAAAAUUGAUCUGCCCAAAGAUGAAUGGAUUUUAAUGGACAAGGAAGAGACUGUGCUAAGGAGAACAAAUGACAAGAUUUAUAAAAAAUUUUCCACAUCUGCAAAAACAAAGGAAGGCAUUGAUACCUUGAUGGAAGCACUGAAAAAGAGUUCCUUGCAACUGUUCAAACGGGCAGAAAGUGGGCAUGAAGACAUUAAAGACCUAUUAUCAAACCGUGAUAAAAUAACAAAAGACAAAAAAAGUUAUCAAUGUUGUAGUUGAACGAUCUUCUCAGAUUGGUCAAAUAUGUAAUCAUUGGGUCCAUUUCAAUAAUGACUUAAAAGCUUGUAAUUAUUACAGGCAGGUUAGGGAAAUACAUGUAUUAUCUUUGACUAAAUAAUAUACAGCAUCACAUUUUUGA